UUAAAGCUCAGAAGUCUCUAUUUGAUUCACUGAAACAAUGAGGCAAAGGGUCUCUUCUGGUCUUAACCUCCUCAGUCUUACUCUGCUUUUCGCUCAUUCAAGACCGUGUUGUUCUGUGAGUAAGCUGUGGUGUUUGUUUUUUUUCCUACUUUUGCUCAUGUUAAACCUCUGUGCAGGUGUAUAUAAAUCCCAUUGUGGGUUAGUUGACAAUGCGGAGGCAAUUUCUCCUGAUAUCUCUUCCAGUGUAGACCCUCAACCUUAUCUGCCUUUAUUAGCACCUUCACCAUUGACACCUUUCACAAAUAACAGCAUUCGAUCAGGACUAUGUACAUUGAAUUUUCCAGCUGCGGGUGAUAUGAUGAGCAAAACAGCAACUGACUGCUGGGCCUUUUUUGCACCUGUAUUGGCUAAUGUAGUGUGUUGUCCUCAGCUUGAGGCCACCUUGACGACUCUUAUAGGAUACUCCAGUAAAUACUCUAGGAUGCUUUCGUUGAAUAUAACUCAUGCAAAGCACUGCCUCUCCGAUGUUGAGAAAAUUCUAGAGAGUCAAGGAGCCAAUAAGACUAUUCAAAAGAUAUGCUCAAUUCAACCAGAAAACCUCACAGAAGCAUCUUUCCCUAUUACGGAUGUUGAUGCGUUUGAGAGCAUUGUGGAUCCUUCGAAACUACUUGCUGCUUGCGGAAAAGUUGAUCCUGUCAUUGAGUGUUGUCAGGAAGUUUGCCAAACUGCCAUAUCAGAUGCUGCUAGACAGCUUUCUGAAAUUGGUUUUGCUGCAAACUUGGAAAGUGUGCAUGCCGUACAUGAACAAUCAACCAGGAUAGAUAAUUGUAAGAAUAUUGUGCGGCGAUGGAUAGCAAGUAACCUUGAUGCUUCUUCUUCAAAUAAGGUCCUUAGAGGACUUUCAAAUUGCAAAGUAAAUAAAGUGUGUCCUCUUGUUUUCCCCAACAUGACACAUGUUGUGAAAGAAUGUGCAAGUACGAUAACAAGCCAGGCUGCCUGUUGCAAAGCAAUGGAUAGUUAUGUUUCGCAGUUGCAAGAGCAGAGCUUUAUUACAAACUUGCAGGCCUUGAAUUGUGCUGCAUCACUUGGAGUGAAGUUGCAGAAAGCUAAUGUAUCCCAAAAUGUUUAUGAACUUUGUCACAUAAACCUUAAGGACUUUUCUCUUCAAGUUGGUUCACAAGAGUAUGGCUGCCUUCUGCCAAGCCUGCCUUCAGACGCAACUUUUGACAAAACUUCGGGAGUAAGCUUCAUUUGUGAUCUUAAUGACAACGUUGCAGCUCUGUGGCCCUCUUCAAUUUCCAAAUCUUCAUCGUCCUGCAAUAGAACUAUGAAAAUCCCAGCCGUACCCAAAGCAACUUCUGCACAAGGCGGUCUGUACAACAACUUGAUGCUCCCCUUCUUCUUUUCCUCCUUGGUGGUUCUCAAGCUGCUUCUCUGAAUGUGGUAGCUGAUCUUAAUUCUUUGUUUCAAUUGGUGUUAAACAUAGCUUUACAUACCAUUUUAGGUGUCCUGAUGUGUAUCUAAUAUGGAGAUGAACUUUAAAAUCUACAGAUCUAGAUAGUAUGUAAAAAGAAACAGUUGAUAUUUAUGAUAA